GGCCAAGCUGCACUACACAAGCUGACAAGCUUGUGUCAUAGCCAUGCAUCAGCUAAACAUAACAUAUACUACAUACUCAAGUUUAGGAAGCUACAAAGCAGUUAACUUGUUGAAAAGUUUGACCACAUACAUUCUACAGCAACCUACAUUCAUUGAUGGUGAUGGCCGGAAUGAAUUUAGUAAAUUUUGAUUAAAGGCGGCAAUGUGGUUUCUUCCAGACGAAUGAACCACUUCAUUUUCACAAUUCUAGAUGCAAUGAUGCAUCCAUGCAUCGUAGUACAUAACACAUCAAGCUAAGGUAACAAUCCUAUAAUCCCUAAAAAAUAUAACACCUUGGUAAUUAACAAUCCUUUCGAUGUAUACAUCUCAACAACCAACACAUUUUGACUACUAGAAUGUUUGAACUCAUUACAUACAAGUCCAUGAGAAACCCGGAUUGUUUUGCAUUUUGCGUGCAGACCAAGCAUGCGGUAGGAACUUACACCAUUCCACAUUCAUACUGUAUAUAUGUAGGGGGCGCCUCUGCAAACCUUCUCUACCGUGUGCGUUUAGGUGUAAACCGUUGAAGUCUAUGGCAUUCAUGAGUUCCAUUUCGCUCUACAUUGCAGCUCUCCUCCUAUUCGCAGCCUUGUGCACUUCGGAUGACCGUCUUGUCCCUGACAAGCCGCUGUUGCCCGGCACCACCAUCAUAUCUGAUGGUGGUGAAUUCGCCUUUGGCUUCUUCGCCCCAUCCAAUUCCACUCCAGAGAAGCUCUACCUUGGCAUAUGGUACAACAACAUCCCCCGGUUCACUGUGGUGUGGGUUGCAAACCGGGCAACUCCGGCCAUCUCCUCCUCAACUCCUUCGCUUGUUCUGACCAACAAUUCUAACCUUGUCUUGUCCGAUGCCAACGGCCGUGUUCUGUGGACAACCAACACGACCACUGCUCCGAGGUCGAAUAGUACUACUGGAUUGGUGCUUAUGAACACAGGCAAUCUCGUCCUACGGUCACCAAGCGGCAAGAUUUUAUGGCAGAGCUUUGACCACCCAACUGACACGCUACUCCCUGGCAUGAAGAUAUGGAGGAGCCACAAGACGGAUGAAGGAAACCGGCUUGUUUCUUGGAAGGACCCCGAAGACCCCUCGACGGGUACCUUCUCUUUCGGUGUGGAGACAGACUUGUUCGUGCAACCCUUCAUCUGGAAUGGCUCCCGUCCGCUAUGGCGCAGUUCUGUAUGGACAGGCUACACGAUCUCCAGUCAAGUCUACCAGCUGAACACCAGCAGUUUGAUGUACCUAGCAUAUGUUGACACUGUCGAUGAGAUUUCCAUCGUCUUCACCAUGUCCGAAGGUGCCCCACCUAUGCGGGCUGUGAUGAGCUACUCAGGCAGGAUGGAACUACUUGGUUGGAAUAGGAAUUUAUCAGAUGAUUGGACAGUGCACAUAACAUGGCCGGACAGUAGUGAGUGUAGCAGGUAUGCCUACUGUGGACCCUCUGGUUACUGUGACUACACAGAGGCAACCCCAGCUUGCAAGUGCCUUGAUGGGUUUCAGCCUACGGACGAGGGAGAAUGGAGCAGCGGCAAGUUCUCACAAGGUUGCCGGCGAAAGGACCCACUACGCUGCAGUGAUGGCUUCUUGGCGAUGCCGGGCAUGAAGGUACCUGACAAGUUUGUUCGCAUCAGGAAAAGGACCCUUGUGGAGUGUGUGGCAGAGUGCAGCAGCAAUUGCUCUUGUCUGGCAUAUGCAUAUGCAAACUUGAACAGCAGUGAGUCCAACGCUGAUGUGACAAGGUGCCUGGUGUGGAUUGGAGAUCAGUUAGUUGACACGCAGAAGAUAGGUAUGAUGUCAAGUUAUUUCUUUAACACUGCUGGUGCUGAAGCUGAAGAGACGCUGUAUCUCCGGGUGGCAAAUAUGUCAGGUACCAUUUCAUAUGAGGAGAAUUUCUAAAUCGGAAGUUCCCAUGUGGGUGCGCCCCUCUGAAGCCACCCAAUAUGAAUUGAUUGGAUGGCUAUGGGUGGCAUUCCCCCUUGUGGAAGUGUAUUUUCAACAUGUUAUCUCUUUAAACUCAGUACUUAGGUUUCUUUCCCAAAUCCCAAGUAUGCAGAUACCAUAAACACUAGUCUUAUAUCAAAAUAACAAAACUAUCUAUUAUAUUGUCGACCAGAAUUUCUUGGAAGCUCGGUAAUGUUAAUCUACCUGGUCUAAAGAGCAUGCAUCAGGGUCAUGGCGAGGCAUGUAGUAUGACAGUGGCAACUAAUUUGCACGUACUCACAAUCUACGCACAUUGCAGUAAAAUAUGUGUAGCAAGUACCUGCAAUAGAUGCUGAGCUGAGGUGCACUUUUCUCUCUCAAUGAUUUAGCUAUUGGUACAAUGUUCACUACUACACAUUUUUCAGUGAAAAGGGUACUAUACGUGUAAUGUCAGAACAUUAUUGCACCUGUUUGGCUGUUCGCGGACAGAACUCUGUAGGCAUAUGACAUGAAUUUUCAUUGCAUUUGCAGGUAAAAGGACAAAAACAAAUGCAACAAAAAUCGUGCUACCAAUAUUUAUUAGUGCUAUUCUUCUAACUUCCAUUUUACUUGUAUGGAUCUGCAAGUUCAGAGGUAUGUUUUCUAAUCUACUUCUACAUACUAAUAGCAGUAACUUAAAAACAAAUAGUCACCAACUUUUCGGAGCAGGAAGGGGAAAGGAUGCAGCAAAUCAUACCAAACUAAUGCAUAGGGGUUUGACCACUUCAGAUGAAAUUCGAGAAAGAAACACUUCCCGUGAUUUUGAACUUCCAUUCCUGAAAUUCCAAGAUGUUCUUGUUGCAACAAACAAUUUUUCCCCUACAUUUAUGAUUGGACAAGGAGGUU